AUGACAAUGGAUAUAACAACACAACAACGUUCAGAAAUUACAACAUCAUCAUCACCACCAAUACACCAGCAUCAAACAACAACAAUUAAUAAUAAUAAAUCUGAUGAUUUUAUAACAGUAACAUCACCAACAAAUUUAAAAUCAACAACAACAACAUCAUUAAAACGUUCAUUUGAUGUUGCAUUCUUAAUGAUGCCCGAUGAAAAAUUACGUCAUAAAACAUAUUAUCAAAAUAUGGAAAAACAUUUAAAAAUUGAAGAAACAAUUGAUGUUGAAUCAUAUCCAAAAGAUUUAUCACCAAAUCAUAAUCAAGCAUAUUUAAUGAUGCAAAAUAAUUUAAAUAAUGCUGAUUUUUUCAAUAAUAACAACAACAAUAAUUAUAAUAAUAAUAAUCAUAAUGAUUUACGUAAAUUAAAAAAAAAUUCAACAAUUAAUUCACCUGCAUCACCAAGAAUCUAUGAUGAUCCAACAAUAAUACCAGAAAUUGAAAAUACAAAAAGUGCAUUCACAAAAGUUAUACAUUCACAAAGGAAUACAGAUUCACCGCAAACAAUAACAACACCAUCAAUUAGUCCAAGUCAAUUAAGUUGUUCAUCAGUUAGUCCACCAAUAUCAACAACACCACCAAUUAGAUUAUGUAAUUCUGGAAAUGGUAACACUAAUGGUGGUGGUACAUCAAAUAAUAAUAGUGGACCAAUACAAUUAACACCAAAUAAUUUUUAUCAACAUUUUCGACCUGAAUAUCAAUUUAAUGGUGCAGCAGCAUUUCAAACAGUUGGUCAAGCACAUGCAUUAGCAUUACAGAAUACACGUUUAAAACAACAAUUAUUAUAUAGACCAAUUACACCAAAUAAUUCACCAGAUAUGUUAUCAAAUCCAAAUUAUUUACCACCAGCUGGUUUUCCAUUUGCAAAUCCAAAUCCAUUUGUACCACAACCAACAGAAAUUAUAAGAAAUCCGGCAGCAGCUGCUGUUUUAACAGCAUUAAUACCACCAACAUUAGCAUCAACAUUUUCAUUAACAUCACAAAAUGUUUGUGCUAAAUGUAAUAUAUCAUUUAGAAUGACAAGUGAUUUAGUUUAUCAUAUGCGUUCACAUCAUAAAAGUGAAUCAACAAUUGAUCCAAAUCGUAGAAAACGACAAGAGAAAUUAAAAUGUCCAGUUUGUUGUGAAAGUUUUCGUGAAAGACAUCAUUUAACGAGACAUAUGACAGCACAUCAAGAUAAAGAAAGUGAUGAUACCGAUUUACGAAACGAUCAUAAUGGUAAAGGAAGUGAAAAGAAAUGAUCUAACGCUGGUAGAUAUUUUCAUAGUUGAUUUAAUAAUUCAAUAUUUUGAAAUUAUCUACAUAAUCCGGAAAAAAAUUAGAGCUAUAUAUAAAUGGUAAUUAGCAAUAUGUCAUUUAAUUUAUCGAUUACAGGUGUACAGUAAAAAAAAUUAUAUACAGUUUCGAAAGGGAAUUAAACUUUUAAUGUAAAAUUAAUGUUAUUAUGUUUGGAACCUAAAUGAAAAUAGUAACUAGUUAGAAGCAAAUAGAAAAUUGGACCCAUUGAAGAUAUUUGCAUUAAAAUAACUAAGUAUGGAAGCAAAAUAGAGUUGGGAACUAAUUUAUGUGGAAAUUUUGAGAACUGGAGCAAAUGAGUUUAAAAAAAACUCAAGAAUCCUAAAAUUAUAUUAAAAAUUAAUUUAAAAAUAUUUUAAC